GCCGCUGAGCGCCGGACACCGACAGUGUGCAUGGAGCGGGCGGCGGCGAUGGUCACCUGCUGGGGAGCCGCUCUGGGGGCUGCCGUCUCCGUCCCCGUUCUCCUUCUCGUGGCAGCGCCCUACAUCAGGAGGUAUGUCGCUGGAGGACAGUGCAAGUCAACAGCUAGGCUGGAGGGGAAGGUGGUGAUAAUCACAGGAGCCAACACAGGCAUUGGGAAGGAGACCGCCAGAGACCUCGCACGAAGAGGUGCGAGGGUGAUUGUCGCUUGCAGAGACAUAGCGAAGGCAGAGGCUGCAGCCAGUGAAAUCCGAGCUGAGACAGGGAACCAGCAAGUCAUUGUGAAAAAACUGGACUUGGCUGAUACAAAGUCCAUCCGGGAGUUUGCUGAGAAAUUUCUAGCAGAGGAGAAGGAACUCCAUGUUCUCAUUAAUAAUGCUGGGGUAAUGUUAUGCCCUUACUCCAAGACUGCUGAUGGCUUUGAGAUGCACCUGGGAGUCAAUCAUCUUGGUCAUUUUCUAUUGACAUUCCUAUUGCUGGAGUGUCUGAAGCAGUCUGCCCCAGCCCGCAUAGUGAACGUGUCCUCACUGGCUCAUCACGGAGGCCGAAUCCGCUUCCACGAUCUCCAUGGUGAGAAGAGCUACAAUCGGGGCCUCGCCUACUGCCACAGCAAAUUGGCUAACGUGCUCUUCACCCGGGAGCUGGCAAGGCGGCUGCAAGGCACUAAAGUCACAGCAAACGCUCUCCAUCCUGGUUCUGUCCAUUCUGAACUGGUCCGGCACUCGUUUGUAAUGACGUGGCUGUGGAAGAUAUUCUCAUUCUUCUUGAAGACACCUCAGGAAGGAGCUCAGACCAGUGUCUACUGUGCAGUAGCAGAAGAGCUAGACUCUGUGACAGGACAGUAUUUCAGUGAUUGCCAGCCAGCAUACAUAUCUCCACGGGGUCGGGAUGAUGAGACAGCAAAGAAGCUCUGGAGCGUGAGCUGUGAGCUCCUCGGCAUCCAGUGGGACUGAGCAGUGUGGACCUCAAGUGUGUUUCAGGCUAAGCCCAGCGAUUCCUCUCCUGGGAAGAGCAUUGCUAAGAGACCUCCAGCCUAGAAUGCUGAUAUUUCAGCAGCCCUCAUGAUGGCUCUGUGAACACAAACUAAUGUGAAUUUCUGGAAUAUUACACUUAGGGAUUGAGAUUAGUAAGCAACCAGGCCCCCUUCCCAGCUGAAGAAUUACAGUACGAUGCAGGGAGCAACCUUUGCUUGGUAUCUCACGCAACAGCCAGAGGCUACUGUUCUCUGGCUUUAGAAUAGAAAUGGAGGUUGCAGUCUUAGGUUUAGAUUAUGAAGUAACAAAGAAUUACUUUAAUUUUUUUUUUCCUAACAGUAAUAGUAAAAAGGUAGGACUCUAAACUUAUGAUCUAUGAGGUUAUUUUCAGUUCCUACUAUUUGACCUGGCAGAGUGAAAGUACUUUAGGAUAUUAGAUUUUCUGGCAGUUACAUGCAAUACAAAUGCUCUCAAGCACACAGAAACAGGUGCUGGCCUUUUUGUGCAAAGCAUUAGGCAACUUUUUAAAGUGGAAUAAAUUUUUUUUCCCUUCUAUAUUCUCUGUAAGAAGCUGGACUUGCAGUAAGUUAACUGAGUCUUGGCUUAUCUUUUGAGAACCCAGGUCUCAGUGCAAGUGACUGGGAGGUUAAAAGCUACAGGAGUGCUACAAUCUUAUUUUAAAAAAUUAAGAUCUCUUCUGGGAAGCAUUGAGCAAAGAUGGUGUAAGUGUCACAAUAACCCCCCCAGCUGCACUUUAAAUGACUUUAGAACCUAGAAAAGAGAGCAGAAUGAGUAAAGAACAUCUCAACUAUGUUAAAAAACAUUGAACAACUUCAGCUGAGACUUUAGCUUUAAAUGACAGCAAACUACCUAGAGCUAAACAGCUGAAGCAGAGGUCAGGACUAUGUUGGUAUCACGGUCAAGUUAGCUGCAGGACAGGAAAGUAAGACUUGCACAGAAAUCCUUACAUUUGCCCAACAGUUACUGGCCUUGGCUGGCCAAGGCUGCCAGCCUGGCCUUGCCAUGCCGCUUGUGCUUCCAAAAGGCAGCUGGGUCACUCCAUGUAGUAAGGGGACUGCUCCCUUGGAACUCUAGUGCUACUUUGGUGCAAACCGCUAGAGUAUGAUCCAUAAGUAGAGAUUAUUUCUGAAAGAGUUAAGCAGUUAGAAGACAAGCACUACAGCUCAUAGAAUUAUCUUCUGCUUCUGAAAAAAAAAAAAGUUCAGAAGCUUUUGGACCUGCAUGUGAGUGUGCCACUGUGACCAACUGCCAGUUUUUGGGAAACAAAUGCUAAUUUUACAAUUAAUUCUGUCUGAAUGCUAUCUAUGCAGAUCAGUCCUGUGCUACCUCUGAGCAAUACUAAAUAAAGACAUUUUCUUUUUACAA